AAGGUCACAAAACAAGUCCUUAAAAAAGAAUGAACUAAGUUUACGAAUUCAAGAUAAACAAUACAUAGUGGUUUGUGAGUGUGAAGACAAUUUUUUUUAAAAAGAACAAAACGAUGUCAUCCAUAAAAAUGUAUAAUAAUUUAGUUUUAAUAACAUGUUGUGUGCUUGGAACAAUUUUGGCUUAUCCAGUAUCACAGCCCUUGUAUCAAAGUCAACCCCAACCUCAACAAGUACAACAAUUUCAACAAAUUCCUGCUGAAUAUUUACAACAGUAUUUGUUACAAGCGCAGCAAAGAGCGUUACAACCUCAAGCAACGCCGGUAAAGGAUCCUGAACAAAAUGAACCACAAUUGGAUCAAGGUAUUGCACGGCAGCCACCACAACAAGUUUUACCAAACAAUGUUGAUCGACAGGUACAAUUAGCUCAACAACAAUUUUAUCCACAACCACAGGUACGCUACCAGCAACAAGCUCAACCUCAAUAUCGUGUUGUACAGUUUGCUCCACAGCAAUUACAACAACAGCAACGUUAUGUUGCACCAUCUAUAACAUCCGCGCAAAUUGUUCAACCAAAAUUGGCACAGGCUCCACGAUUGGCACCACAAUUGUUAAGGCCACAACAAUCAUUGGAUGCAGCAAAACCUGCAGAACCAGAAGAUUAUGAGCCAAAUCCAUCCUAUCAAUUUGGUUUUGAUGUUAAAGACGAUUUAUACACAAAUUAUCAAAAUCGUAAAGAACAACGUGAUGGUGAUAAAAUUACUGGAUCCUACUCCGUUGUGGAUUCAGAUGGAUUUAUUCGUACUGUUACAUACACAGCUGAUCCAAAAGAAGGUUUUAAAGCGGAAGUAAAUCGACAACCGACUGAUAUUGUAGUGAAAAUUCCACAACCUCAACCUCAAUAUCAAACUGAAGGAUUAUUACGUCAACAGCAAACACAGCAAUAUUUAGAAGGUUCACAACCAAUUGGAAAAGUUCCAGCAUCACAGAAGCAACGAAUUGUUUAUCAAUAUCAAUAAA